UAGUGUACCAUUCAUUUUACAUGAAAAUACAGGGAAGAAACGGCAUGAAAAUCCAAACUUGUCACGUUAGUCUGGCAACAAAACAGUGCUGCUAUCUAUGCUGUCAAUUUUUGUUAUGUAGUAAUGGAGACUACUUGUGAGAUAAAUAUUUACGGCGAUAUUAUAGAAUGGGUAUAACGAAAUAAGUUUUAGUGUGUAGUGAGUGAUCCCAUAAUAAAUGAAAAGCUUAGUCGUCAAGAGUGGCAAAACCGGGAUGCUCUCUGAGUUGAUGUUAGCGGGCCUGCAUCACUCGGGCCCGCCAUAUAUUCUGCUCAUGCAAUAAAGUGAAACGUCAAACUAAAUUAUUGUUAAUUCUUAGUAAAACGUUGUGAAAAUGUGCUUUGUGCCUCGUUUAUCCAUCAUAAUCAUCAUACCCGAGGUUUUAUCAAGUACUGUUGUGUGGACACAAAGUAAAGUGCCAUCAUGUAGUGGACGAUGUGACAUUCUACACCAUGUUGCUGCCACGCUCCAAGUGUAAAACAGUGAGGGGGUCGUGAACAUGUAGGUUGGGGAGACAGCCUGAACAUGUCAGUGAGAGGCACGAAGCGGUCUACCGGCGGAGUGCGAGACGGGGAAGUACCGAGCACUAGUGGUGCCAGUACUUCCUCAAAGAGGCGCAGGACGGAGCCGGAGGAUCAACUCUGGCAGCUCCGUCCUGUCAGUGACCUCAAGAUGUCGUCCAUAUACAAUAGAAGUGCCUCUGAGGCACCGGCUGAACUAUUCAGAAAGGAUCUGAUAAGUGCAAUGAAGCUGCCGGACUCAGAGCCGCUGACAUCCAGCGAGUACUGGGUGAUCACGGACACAUGGAAGCAGGACUGGGAGCGCGGAGUGCAGGUGCCAGUCAAUCCUGACCAGCUACCGGCUCCCAAAGUCAAAGUGAUAGAAAAUCCUAAACCUCCAGACUUCCAAGAGUUCAAACUACCAAAAGACAAAUACAUACACUUGUCACGCGACUCACACUUCGAUAGCAGUCUACAUGUGGUAUCUAGCGCGCCUGCGCGGGCGGAGGCGGCUUGUGCCUACGACCUGGACGCCCUCGAUAUCGCGUGGCUGCGACUCCUGAACGCCGAGAGAGCCAGGGCCGGUGCACCCGUCGUCACCGAGGACCAACUCGAGCGCGUCAUCGAAGAACUGGAGGUACGAUGCUGGGACAAGAUACAGACGAUAAUCAAGUCGGAGGAGGGUCUCGGGAUAGAAUACGACGAGAACGUUAUCUGCGACGUUUGCAGAUCGCCCGACUCCGAGGAUGGGAACGAAAUGGUUUUUUGCGACGCGUGCAACAUCUGCGUCCACCAGGCCUGCUAUGGGAUAACGGUCAUCCCCCCAGGGCAAUGGCUGUGCCGCCCGUGCGGGGAUGGAGUGCGGCCCACCUGCGUGCUCUGUCCGAACCUGGGUGGCGCAAUGAAGUGUACCCCUUCCGGCAACAAAUGGGCCCACGUCAGCUGCGUCCUCUGGAUCCCCGAGGUAUCGAUCGGGUGCGCGGAGAAAAUGGAGCCCAUCACCAAGAUCUCGGGCAUCCCCUCCUCCCGCUGGAGCCUGGUGUGCGUGCUGUGCCGCGAGCGCAAGGGAGCCUGCAUCCAGUGCUCGGUGAAGACCUGCAAGACGGCGUACCACGUGACCUGCGCCUUCAAGCACGGGCUGGAGAUGAGGGCCAUCAUCGAGGACGAGAACGCGGACGACGGAGUGAAGCUGCGCUCGUACUGCCAGAAGCACAGCGUCAACUCGAAGAAGGAGAAGGGUGGCUCGGGCUCGGAGGCGGACGAGGACGUGAAGCGCAAGCGGCGCAAGGACAUGACGUCGGAGGAGAAGUCGCAGGCGCGGGCGGCGCGGCUGCACGAGGUGGAGCGCGAGUUCGACAAGCACGUGGGCGUGAAGGACGUGAGCGGGCGCCUGCUGGACGUGGACCAGGAGGCGCUCACCUACAUGUACAACUACUGGAAGCUCAAGCGCCGCGCGCACCACCACCGCCCGCUGCUGGCGCCCAAGGGCGACGACUCGGAGCUGCACUCGCACCGCCAGGAGCAGGCCGACCUGGACAAGAUGAAGAAGUUCGUGCAGCUUCGCCAGGACCUGGAGCGGGUGCGCAACCUGUGCUACAUGGUCUCCCGCCGCGAGAAGCUGUCGCGCUCGUUUUUCCGCAUGCGCGAGCAGACGUUCCACAAGCAGGUGGCGGUCCUGUCCGGCGAGGCGCUGGCGCCCUCGGAUCUGGAGGCCAUCGCGGACGCCAACCAUGGCCCCUCGAUCUACGACCGCCUCUACUCGCACGCCGGAGCUCCCGAUCACCGCCACGACUUCGACGACCUGAUAGCCCGCAUAGCGCCGGAGCCGAGUGGCUCGCUCACCUCCCCGCCGCCCACCUCUCCUUCCAAGGACGUGAACGGAGUUACCAAAUCCAAGACGAACCCUUACAAGAAACAGUACGUGAACGGAUCGUCCCGCUUCAGUGGGCUUUCGAGCGAGGACGAGACGCGGCGGCGGCGCGCCGUGUCCAGCACGGAGGAGGAGCGCAAGCCGCGCGGCACGCCCAAGCGCUCGCCGCGCAAGCCGCCGCGCCGCCGCCCGCCGCCCUCCAAGCCCAUCAUCGACACCUCCAGCGACGACGACACCAUCAAGACGCGCUGCUCGCUCAAGAAGGACCGCUCGCGCAGCAAGACGCUCACACAAAUGGAGAAGGAGAUGACGUCCGGGGGCAAGGGCUCGGCCAGCGACAGUGACGAGCUGCUGCCCAUCCGGCCGGCCGCGCGCAACAACAAGUUCGCGGUGGACAUCUACUCGGACAGCAGCGAGGACGCCAAGCCGCCCAAGGACGAGCCGCUGUCGGACGCGCGCUCGCCCGACGCGCACCCGCCGCGGACCAAGGCCGCCAUGAAGCAGUUCGUGCCCUCCGCCUCCGCCGCCUCCGCCGCCAAGCCCGCGCCCGCCGAGCCCAAGAAGCGCGGCCGCAAGCCCUCCAGCACCAAGGACAAGAAGCCGGACCCGCCGCCCACGCCGCACAAGACCGACAAGACCAAGUCCAAGACGAAGGAUCACCCCACGGACCUGAUCGUGCCGCAGCGGCAGGCGGCCAAGAAGGCGUCCGAGAACAUGCGCUCCACCACCGCGCGCAAGGACGAGCCCGAGCGCCACAGCGGCGACGACAAGCCCAAGACCAAGCCCAAGCCUCCGCCCAAGAAGGAGGACAAGACUAAGGACUCCUCGUUCGAGAAAUCCAAGGACUCGUCGCUCGACAAGUCCAAGGACUCCUCGUUCGACAAGGUGAAGGCGCGACGGAAGAUGUCGAGCGACGCGGAGAAGGAGCACAUCGCCAUCGUGCCGCAGCGCCAGGCCGCCAAGAAGGCCGCCGCGCACAUCAAGAGCGGGCUCGGCUCCAAGCCGCCCGCCGACAGCGACAAGCCCGAGCCCGCCAAGUCUCCCAAGAAGGACGACAAGGAGCCGGCCAAGUCCAAGAGCAAGGACUCCACCACGUCGUCGUCGUCGUCGUCGUCGUCCAGCAGCAGCAGCAGCGACUCGUCGUCCUCGUCCUCCAGCGAGGACGCGCCGCCCGCCCGGCCCGCGCGCGACGCCAAGCCGCGACCCGCCUCGCCCAGACCCACGGUGGACUUGCCCUUUCUCGACAGGGUGUCAAGGCCACUGUCGUCCACGAGCGGGUCCACCUCGAGCGGCAGCUCGCCCCGGUCCGGCAGCCCGCUGCCCAAGCGGCCCCGGCGGCCGCGGCGCCGCUCCGCCGCCGACGCGCCCGCCGCCGCCCCCCUCCCCGCGCCCGCCGCCGCCCUCCCCGCUGCCGCCGCCGCCCCCGCUGCGGGAGCGCAACCGCGCCGAGCCUCCGCCGCGCCUACUCGCCCUCGCCGAUCUUCGACACGAGAUCUGUCUGACGGCGGGCGGCGACAAGCCUCGCCGCCGCCCGCGGCCCCGCCCGCGUCCCUACCCCGCUCACGUCAUAAUGACAAGGACAAAGACAAGCAAGUGAAGGAGACCAAGUCACCGACUAAACCGACGCGGCGUCAGUCGACGCGCGCCGUGGAUCCGCCGCCCCGCAGACAGUCCACCCGCGCGCCUGAAGUACCACCUGUAAAGACGGACAAAACAGACAAGUCGCCACCGAAGACUGUGCACAAGUCACCGCCGAAGACCGUACACAAGUCACCGCCGAAGACUGUGCACAAGUCGGUUCCUAAACCAGUGCCGCUUCCUAAGCCACUGCCCAAGAUAGAGCCGGAUCCAGAGCCAGAACCUGAACCCGAGCCGGAGCCCGAGCUGUUGCCGGAGCCGGAGCCCGAGCCGGCGCCGCGAGCCGCGCCCGCGCCGCCGCCCGAGCUGCCGCCCGAGCCGCUGCCGCUCGAGCUGCCGGCCGCCUUUGCGUUCAUGAACCAGCGCCUGCCCACCCCGGCCGCCACGCCGGCGCGCUUGUCUCCGCCCCGCGCCGCGCGCUCCCCCCGCCGCUCGCCCGCCGCCUCGCCCGCGCCGCCCGCCGCGCCCGCCGCCGACGACGAGCGCUGGUUCCGCAAGGGAGGCCCCGCGAGCCCCGCGCCGCCCUCGCCCACCAAGUCCGACGAGCGCUUCCUCGAGUCCGACUCCAUCGACAACUCGAGCGUCAAAAUGAUCGCCAAGAUCCAGGCGACGCUGAACGAGAACACCAUGAUCCGCUCCCCGCGCACGCCGCUGGACGCGCGCCACGCCGACGAGCGGCCGCUGCUGCUGGCGCUGCGCCGUCGCCCCGCGCCCUCGCCCCCGCCGCCCGCGCCCGAGCCCGCGCCGCCGCCGAGGCCCAUGUUCUCCCCGCACAAGGACCACCUCAUCGAGUUCGGCCUGCUGGCCGUCGACGACGAGAUCACCAAGCCCUUCGCCUCCUACCCGGACCCCUUCUUUCUCAAGGAGGACUCGAAGGAGCAGGGCGUGCAGGAGACGCUGAACCUGGUGGACCGCCUGCGCCUGCAGCUCAGCAGCAAGAAGGUGGCGGACGAGCCGGAGGAGGCGCCGGCCGCGUCCCCGCCCCCCGCGCCCGCGCCCGAGCCCGCGCCCGCGCCGCCGCCGCAGCGCUGCGACGACUCCACCAAGCAGAGCGAGACCAGCGACUCGCAGUCCAUCUCCGUGGCGGACCACGCGUCGCCGCUCGACAACAACUUCGACAACAACAACUCGCUGCUGCACUCGGACUGCGCCACCAUCUCGUCCCCGUACGGCGCCGCCAAGUGGGGCGAGAGCAAGAUCCCGCGGCGCCGCUCGUCCGCCAGCAGCAGCGACGAGGAGCCGCCGCCCGCGCACGCGCACCUGGACCUGCCGCCCGACGCGCGCGACUACGCCUACCUGCCCGCCUACCCGUACGGGGACGCCGCGCCCUUCCUGCCCGCCAUGUCGCUGUUCCCGGGCACCUCCAGCAUCUCCCUGUCGCGCGCGCUGCCGCCGCACCCGCCGCUGUACGCGCCCGUGCCGCUGCAGAUGUGCGCCGCCUUCACCUCCUCCUCCAGCAACAUGGCGCUCACCACGGCCAUGGUGGCCGCCACGCCGCAGCACGAGCCCGAGCCGCCGCCGCCGCCCGCCCCGCCCGCGCCGCCGCCCGCCGCGCCGCCCGCCGCGCCCGUCGCCCCCGCCCCCGCCCCCGCGCCCGCGCCCGCGCCUGCACCCGCGCCGCCACCCGAGGCCAAGUCGCCGGCCAAGCCGCCGCGGGGCAAGUCCAUCGGCAAGUCGCCGGGCAAGUCCCCCGGGUUCUCCCCGGCCGAGGCGCGAGGCAAGCGCGCGAGCGGCAAGGCGCGCGCGGCGGGGCGGGGCCGCGGGCGCUCCCGCAGCCGCGCGCUGCCCGCCGACCUGUCCGGCGGCAUCCACAACAAGCUGGUGGGCACCGUGUACGACUUCGACGACGAGCUGGAGGACGGCGUGGAGUUGAAGGCGCUGCGCGAGCGCCGGCGCUCCGAGGAGGCGUCGCCGGACGCGGCGCGCGCGGGCGACGUGGCGCCGCUGCUGCCCGGGCCCGUGGACAUGCGCACGUACGCCGCGCCGCCGCCCGCCGCGCCGCUGCUGCUGCCCUUCGACCACCAGCCGCUGCCCGACAUCGACGAGGAGGUCGAGAAGCAGCUGCACUCCGAGCUCAUGGCGAGCCAGCCGCCGCCACACCUACCUAAGGUAUCUCUAUCGGACUCACGAAAUCAACUGAAAGUAAAGAUCAAGGGCCCGUUCCUGGAUGCGAACUACUGCAGCUCGGCGCCGGUGGCGGUGGCGGCGGCGCCCACGCCCGGGCCCAGCGCCGACCCCGGCGCCGGCACCAGCAGUCUGCGGCGCAUGCGCAAGAAGGAGCUGCUGCGCCAGUACUGGACGCAGCAGGACAUGAUGGACGAGCCCGCGCCGCCGCCGCCCGUGCCGCCGCCCAUCAGCCGCGCCGUCAUCACCAUCCCCAAGGCCGUCGCCUCCAUGACCUCCAUCCCCACGCGCGAGGACUACAAGGAGCCCGCGCCCGAGAAGAAGAAGCGUAAGCCGAGCGGCGGCGCGGCUCGCGAGCUGCGGCACCUGGCGCCCGGGCCCGCGUCCCCGCCGCCCGCGCCGCCGCACAAGCGCCGCGCGCGCCGCCCCGCCGCCGCGCCCGACCCGCCGCCCGCGCCGCAUCCCAAACUCAAGAUCAAGAUCGGCAACAACCCGCAGCUGCCGCCGCCGCCGCCCGACGAGCCCGUCAACAACUACACUGUCCGCCCGCCCAAGAAGCGCUUCCAGAAGCCCAGCAUCGAGGACCUGCGCCGCGAGAGCAUGAAGUACCGCCGCAUGGUGAUGGCCGACUUCGACCAGGACGAGACGCCGCCGCCCACCGGCAAGCGACAUAAGCCCGGCAAGAGCGAGCGACGGAAAAAGAAAAAAGAAAAGAAAGCUGAAAAGAUGCAAGUGAAAGUGAGUGAGAGUGACAGUUCCACUAAACUGAUCAUAAAGAUAAAGCGGACGGAGGGAGACAGCAACUGCACGGCGACGUCGGCCACUGCGGAGGCGAGCGAGGCGGCGGUGGUGGCGUCGUCGUCGUCGGCCGCGCCCGGGGACCCCUUCGACUACGACCCGAGCCUGCCCGACCCGCUGGCCAUCGAGCCGACCGAGGCGACGGGCAAGGGCCACGCCAAGCUCACGCCCAUCCGGCUCAAGCUGGCCCGCAGCGCGGGCGGCUCCGGCUACGUCGUGGGCGGCGGCGCCACGCCCCCCGCGCCCGCCGCGCCCUCGCCCCCGCUCGCGCUGCCGCCGCCGCCGCCGAUCAACAAGCACUGCGAAGUCAGGUGACCCAAGCACCGCAAGCACCGGCGCUAACUCUAAAACACUCAGUGAACGUGUACAGUUUAAAUUAUAAUGUCUCUUUUAAAUACUAUUACUAGACUAUUUUAUUAUUUAUUUGUAUAAAUUGAAAGCUCAAUGAUGAUUAACUUAAAAUUAAUCUAAGAUUAUUUUUUAUUAGUUUUGUGCAUUCUGUGGUGCACAAGUAAAUCAUAUUUUAUUAGUAUAUAAUUGUAAUUGUAGAACAUAUAAUGAUUAUAUGAUAUUUAUAUAUUUAAUUUUGUUAAUGUUACUGUUUAAUUUGUGCCUCAUAAGGAAUCUCAAUCGUAGCGUUGUUCUGUAUAAUGUGAUUUGGUUGUAAAGCGUAGUAUUAAGGCGGACCAGUCGCAGGGCUGGCCGGAGCGGGCGCGGGCCGCGUGCUUCUCACUUACGACAUUAUUUGUUCGCUAUUUAUAUACCAGUUGUAAUUAUAUCUUGUAAUGGAGCAUGGGGCCUUCGCAGAGACUGCCGCGGCGCUUGACUCGACGCUCGACUCGUGUGCACACAUCCACCUACAGGGCUACAUCGACAAACGAACCCUCACCCCUCCACAAUAACAUACACUAACAUGUUAUCACGACUUGGCUAACAAUGUCACUAAUCUAAAUUAAUCAAACGGUAGCUACUAGAAAAUAUACAUACAUUCCGAUUUUAUCUUAUGUCAAAACUUUAACAGAACGUAGCAUGUUCAGUUUAUAUUUUUUUAUUUUCUUAUUCUAUAUUACAUAAUUAUAGCGAAAAGCUAGUUAAAAGUGUACGGGAAAACUAUGGUUGAUUUUAAAUAUUCGAGACUGAUUUUAUAUGCAUGAAACAGUUUAUUAUUUAUACAAACAUCAUUAUUUAGGUAAGUGUAUGAAAGUAUUGUAUAAUAUUGUUGGAAUAUAGCAUGUAAAUAUUGAGAUUAUACCUGUACAACAGGCUGUCUGGGUUAAAUUGAGUAUUUAUUAUAUUUUUGACUAUAAAAAUAUGUUUUUGUAUUAAUUGUAUUAUAAUAUCAUUUUAUUUUUAAAUAUAAAAGUAUAUAUUUUAAACAAAAACUAGACUUAGUGAAAAUGUACAGGGUUGUAUAAAAGUACAUAAUAAUUUGGAUGAGGGGUGAAACAUGACGGGUAGCGGUAGAAGGAUGGCGGCGUGUCGUGUCAUGUUGUGUCGUGUCGUGUCGUGUCGCGUCGUGUCGCGCGUCGAGUCAAGCGCCGCCGCGCGUCUCCCACUGACAUGGCUCAUGGCUCGGGUUACACCAAAGAGUUAAAUCAUUUUUACUAUUAAGUAUUAAUUUUACUUAUCUUCCUCGGUGUCUUGACCAACCCCAGCUUAUAUUUUUCGACCCCAACUAGUUCCACUUGGAUUUGUACAUAUUUAUUCUGACGUAGUCUUUAAUUGCAUGACUCAGAAGUAGCGCUGCACUUUGGCAGCAAUUGGCUUUCAUUUGUACAUUUUGUCUCCGUAUUUAAUAUUGUAGUAGGCCGGGGCGGUGCGUGGCACGGCUCUGCGAGCCAGCAUGGUCCAGCCGCCUCGGCAUCGUAACUGAUAAGUACUAAUGUGGAUAUUUUAAAAUGAAAUAUAAUAAUUUAAACACAAUUGUGCAAUAUUCGGCAAUACUCAUCAGAUAGUCUGCGAGUGUGGUGCGGCGGGAGGUGGACGGGUCACUCUGCACACACUCAACCCCUGUAUUCUUUGUAAAUAGAUAUUUUCAAUUGUAUUUUAAUUCAUCUUUUUCUUUACUUGUCUUACAUCUAAUCAGAUUUAAUAUUUUUCUAUCUAUUUAUUUCGUGAAUGAUUGUGUUUCAAAAGUUUACAUGACAACUAGCUUUGUAAUAUGAUUGUUUGUAAUUAUAGGUUUUAAGAUUUUUAUAGAUGUUUUGCAUUUACAGUGAUUGUAUGAUACGUUUUGGCUGUUAUAAAAUUAUAUUUUAUAUCCUGAUUAGAUGCUGAGGGCAAGUAAUGAAAAUUGUGGAAACAUGAUAGGUCGUUAGGAACUAAUCUAAGCGAACUGCAAGAUCUCUACAUAAUAUGUAACAUAACUUACAACUAAAUGUAUUGAUCUAAUAAAAUUAAUAAAUUAUGAAAAAAUGUUACCAAUUAACAAAAAAAUACACUAUGUAAUAGAAUUCCUAGAUCAGAAUCGUUUUAAUUAAAUCAGUGUAAAUAGAUGAAUUGAUCUGAUAUUAAAUAAUUCAUGUCUAAUCAUGUAUAUUUAUUGAUGUUUUGCCAUUUUAAUAAUUGUUUUUUUAAUAACAAUUUAAUAUAAUAGAAUCGAUGUAGUGAAUUAUUAGUGAGCGAUCCGUGCGCAGGCCUCGAGCCGACAGUCACAGGGCCUCGCUCGGCGAGUCCUGAGGCCAACAGGCCGAGACCAUCCAUCGCCACGACGCCAGAGCGAUCGCGACACUCACACCUGACCGGUUGUAAAUAAACACUCCAGGAUCUAUAGAGCAAGCAUAACUUACCUAAACUGAUUGUCACUAUAUGUUAAUCGCAUAAUAAUAAGAAUUACGGGCAUCCGAUCAAAAUAGGUGUAUAUUAAUUAUGAAUUAAUUGUAAAAUAAUAAUAGCAGUAUAAUGUACGUUGUGUGAGCACGCGCCGGGCGCAGGGGCGACAGACUUGCCGGCUGCUGACAGUAUUUAUUACAGAACGUAUGACACCCCGCCCGGCCGCGGGGCGACUCCUAGGUAGACACUUUCUUAACAGUUUACGAUAUCUAAAUGUUAGGAAUAAACUUUGUUUCUGAUAGUCUCAGUGUGUUAGUGUCUACGUACUCACAUGUCUACAUGUCCUAAAGGGAAACAUAAUUAUUAUUACGUCGUAAGAAGUAUCAGUGUCAGUUUUAAGAGUUCAGUAAAUCAGUUUUAUUCAUAUUGUAUUGUUAUGCGUAGAAUACUGGAUUAAAUGUGAGGUUUAUAACGGAUCGCUUUAGAAACUAGUCCUAACUACUUGAUCAGCUUUAUGAACUUAUAUCGAAUAAUUUAUUAAAUUUAUUUAUUUAAUUACGAUUUUUAAUGGAGUACAUUACAAUAGGUGAAAACAAAAGAACUACAGUCAGUGUAGACAAUCUCCAGUAAACGAAUAUUAAGAGUUAUAAGUUCAUAAAGCUGAUUGCAUUUAGUGUAAUAGUAAGUUGUUAGCCCAUCUUGUAUCUUAGAGCAUGCAUUUUUAUAUAUUUAUUCGAAUCGGUAACAUCAAAAUCACGAGUGUAGUCUUCCUAGAUACCGCGGUAGGGCCAAGUCCUGGCUAAUUCAUCAUAAUUGGUAUGCUUCUGUCCUUUACAUGGUUUAUGUAUGUCUCAAUAUGUAAAAAUAGUGUUCUUUAAUAGAAUUGGACCUUUUCAUAGAUCACGAAGUACAUACUAAGUUAUAGUUCUUCUGCACAACAUAAGUUACACAAAAAUAUAGUUUUACUACUUAAGUAAAUCAGAAACAGUUGCAGUUUUACUUGUCCUAGACAUUAACAUGAUACUACAUAUAAUAUUUACUUUAUGUAUCUAUUUGUACGUAUGUAUGUAUCAAUAAGUAUUUAUCGCACAAAGUAUGUUUGAACGAAAACAUCACAAUCAUGAUGACGAUUCAACAAAUUGUAUCAACCAUUACCUUGUUACUGUGAUUGUUUAAUUUUUAUCGAUUAGAGUGUUAAGAUCCAUUUUAUAUUUGAGAUUCCACUUGUCAGGAAACAACUAGGAAUGCGAAUUAUUAAGGAUUCCGCUCAGGAGCUCCAUUGUGUUAUUAUUUUAAUCUGAAAUUGUAACAGUUUUGACUAUUAAAACUCUCAUGUUUUUAUUGUAUUUCGUGCUUUAAGCGUAUGAUUUUAUAAUGAUUAUUAUUUUUAUAUUUCGCUGUGUUGUGUAUAAAUGGUAUUGAGAGGGAAUGUUAGUAAUUUAAUUUUAAGUGAGUGUUGUUUAUUGUCGAAUUAUAAUGUAUAUGUAAUGCUAUAUAUUAAGUAUGAUAUAUAAAAUAUAUAUAUUGACUAUGGUAUGCUAUAUAAUAGGGGCGCUGGUCGCGUUACCCGCUAUAAUUAUUGACUUGAGGAAUUUCUGACGUUUGGAGCUUAUAAGUACCUAUGUAAGUGCGCGCCUGCGCUUUGUUUUCUACAGUAAGUGUAGAGGCAGUAGGGUCGAGGGACCGGCGACCGGCGCGGGCGCGGCGGGGCGUCAGACGCUCCGCCACACGCCGCCCUCCUACCAGUCACUACUUAGACAAACGAUACAUAUAUUAUUAUUUAUACAGUAGCCGGUAUCCUAAGUAUUAGCUGUAAGAGAUUCACUUCUUAUACCAUUAUCCGUAUAAGUAUUAUGAUCAACAAUAUUUCCAUUGUUUUAAAUCUAGAUGUUUAGAUCUUACUGGUAAGUGUAACUUGUACAAACUACUAUGUACAGUAGAGUAAGAUGCGAGAGAGAGCGGUUGUCACAUCUCCGCAGGGGCUGAUCUUUGUAAAUAAUGUAUGUACAAGUGUUCUUGUAAAAUAACAAGUGUUUUCAAUGUGCACAUAGUCGCCUCAUUCAUUAAUAAAUUUUUUAGACAAUUAUAA